AAGGAACAGCAACAUGAAGGUAAACCAAUGAGGUUGUGCUUCCAUUCAUCGUCGUCCAAUGUAUCAGGAUGAUCGCGUACACGCUGAUUGCUUUGCUGUGUCUUACUUGUCACUCUCAGUCAUCUCGUGCUAAACACAAUCGUCAUAAUGUKAACGUGAAAAAGAGUUUCCUCUCUGAUGCAAUGAACGAAAUGGAGUAUGGAUCAGGACACAAACCUCAACGGCACAAUAAAUCUGCAAUCAAAGAUGGCAUUGUCUCGAUUACAMGAAUCUACCCUUCACAUUUAGUACAAACGGUUAAAGUUCACGAGAAUGAGGAUGAAAAAGGUAAAAAUAAAAAUGGAGAUACCACCUCACUGGAACAAAAUACCAAGAGCAAUGAUGGCGUCCAAAAUGAGGGUGAGGAUAAGAAGGAAGAGUAUAAAAAUACACAGGACGUGAACCCUGAGGUUUCCAGUGCCUCCGAUACCAGCGAUAUCACUGAAGUAGUAACAAAUGACAGCGAAAGUUCUCACUCGAAAGAAGACGUCACCACAGCAAUCAGUCUGUUGAGGUCAUUUGUAAAGAAACUUCUUAAACAAAACAACACAGAACAAGCCUCUUCGUCUACCAAUAAAACUGCUAAACAUGGCAAUGAAUUAAAGAGCGAUGCGGAAGCUCAUAGUAAGGCUGCUCCAAGAGGCAAUCCCGUAAACCCUUCGACGAUAGUAUCAGGGGUUAAAUACAAUCUGGCUCCAGUUUAUAAGUUCAAAGCRAAAGARGAAAAACAGGAGCGCCUUAAACAUCUCAUGGAAGAGGAAGAAACCCUUCGCCAAACACUACAAGMAAAGGAGCAUGAGAUAAAGAAACUGCAACAAGAACAAGAUAUCAAUAAUAACCAYCUAARCAAAAAUAACAAAACAACUGAUCAGGAAAAGCAUMAAAAUAAUACUAGCAGAAAUGAURCURYGACUAAGUCUSUUUCAAAAGACGACACCGCAGGSUUGCAAGCUGCAAAAAACGAAACAAACGAAGCACAAUUCAAGUUCUCGACGCUUAAAGGUAUUCCACCAGAACUUUUGGUGAAGCUGAAGAGUAUUCUUGAUGCGAGGAAGAAGAAGAAMGAAAAUGUUUCUACGMAGCAGACRUCUUCGAGGAAGGCUUUUGAAACCGCAAAGAAAUUAGUCAAAGCCGCUUUUGCUCGCGAACAACUAUACAAGGCUGAGGAAGAUUUCUAUGGUAAGGUAAAAGAAAUGAUGAAUAAAACAUCAGACACAAGCGCAAAAGAGAAUGCAAAUAGUUCUGAAGUGAUUGAACAAGGCAGCGCAGAUGGAGACUUCGCUCAUGUUAACGAAUACAUCAAGACUCUUGAAGCAGAGCAAAAGAACUUAGAUCCUGUUGAAAGAAGAACACAGCCAGCAGCAAACACAUCAAGCUCUUCAACAGCACAAGACUCUACAGCAAAAUCUCCAUUAAACUCCAGUCCUCAUACCAACGCUGCCGYAGGAUUGCCUCUCAAUACAGCAAGCUCCCAGAAUAUUCUAAACCAACUAAACCAUACAAAAGGAGCUGAUGAAAAAAGCGUAGAAGCGGCUGCUCACUUAGAAGAGAAGGUUGCCGAGCAACAAGAUGAAAUGUAUGAAGACCUUAUUCGUCAUACUCUKAACAAAGGACGCGGUUAUGAAGAUGACGACGACGAUGAUGAYGACGAAGAAGCAGAAGCACGAGAUGCAUACAAUCGACCUGCAGAAGACGGACCACGUUUGUCACAAGAAAAUUAUGGMGAYUUYCAAGACAGUGAUGAGCGUACGCAUUUGAGAUCUGAAGUCAUUAAUUCGAGCCCACGUAAAUCAAACAACUUACACUAUAUUGACGAAAAUGCCAUAUAUAGCCUCAAAAAGGAUAAAUAAGUCGACAAUCGAGAUCUAAAACAAAGCAAUAACAAGUUAAAACAAGUUAAAGCGGCGCUUAUCUGGAAGAUUGCAGAAWAUGAUGACUUCAGAAGUGUUCUGCUUCAAAACUUGAAAGACAUAUGUAGCCUAGGUAGGAACAGAUAAGGCUACUUAACUCAUAGCAAAUGGCAUUGAAGCAAGUUCGUUAUUACAAUGUUAAUGUUAUAAGAARCAUUAACUAUAUUUUCAUCAAUGCGCAAGAAAAAACUCCCAAAUCCAUUCUACGGUCUGUUCGUUUUCUUGGAUAAAUGAUAAGGGUAUUGUUUGAAAUACUCAUCCAUCAAAUCUAAUCGAAUACUAAUCAAAUCUAAGUAAUUAAUAUUCAGYUGAAGAUCAUGGUUUGGUUGUUCAGUUUUUGUCAGUAGAUGAGUGAAUAUCAGCCGUUAAAAAA